ACCUUUACCCCUCUCACUCAACAACGACCCAACAAACAACACCCACAUUCACAAUGGCUGUUCCCUUCACCAACAACCCAGGCCUCGCCGCCUCUUACAUGAGUCUGGACCAGGGAGGACGAGUCCAGGCCGAGUACAUCUGGAUCGACGGUGAUGGUGAGAUUCGCGGAAAGACUACUACCGUGGACAAGAAGGUGACUUCGCUCAAGGACCUGAAGGAGUGGAACUUUGACGGUUCCUCGACCAACCAGGCUCCCGGCCACGACUCCGACGUCUGGCUCCGCCCCGUUGCCUACUACAGGGACCCCAUCCGUCGUGGAGACAACAUCAUCGUUCUGUGCGAGUGCUACAACAACGAUGGCAGCCCCAACAAGUCCAACCACCGUGCCUACGCCAACACUGUCAUGGAGAAGGCCAAGGCCGAGAAGCCUUGGUUCGGUCUUGAGCAGGAGUACACCCUCUUCGACAUCGAUGACAAGCCCUACGGCUGGCCCAAGGGAGGUUUCCCCGCUCCCCAGGGACCUUACUACUGUGGUGUCGGUGCCGGCAAGGUCUUUGCCCGUGACAUCGUCGAGUGCCACUACCGAGCCUGCCUGUACGCUGGCCUGACCAUCUCUGGUAUCAAUGCCGAGGUGAUGCCCGCUCAGUGGGAGUUCCAGGUCGGACCCUGUGAGGGCAUUGCCAUGGGUGACCACUUUGUCGUAGCCCGCUACCUGCUGAUCAGGAUUGCCGAGGAGUGGGGAGUCAAGGUCUCCUUCCACCCCAAGGCCGUGCCAGGAGACUGGAACGGAGCUGGAUGCCACACCAACUACUCUACCGAGUCGAUGCGAAAGGAGGGUGGUAUGAAGGCCAUCGAGGCUGCCAUUGAGAAGCUGAGCAAGAAGCACGCCGAGCACAUCAAGGUCUACGGAGAGGACAAUGACCUCCGACUUACCGGUCGUCACGAGACUGGCCACAUUGGCAAGUUCUCCUCUGGUGUUGCCAACCGUGGUGCCUCGAUUCGUAUCCCACGACACGUGGCUGCUCAGGGCUACGGUUACCUCGAGGACAGGCGACCCGCCUCGAAUAUCGACCCUUACCUGGUCACCGGCAUCAUCGUCGACACCACCAUCGUCUCCGAGGACUAAAGUGGGGGGGAGCGCAAGGGAGGGCAGUGGGAACUUGUCGCGGUGUGAGAAGGUAGUGGAGGGAGGAAGGGUGCAGUGCGGGGAAGAGCGGAAGUGGAAAGCGGGAGCGGGAAGAGCCAAGCUGCCUUUCGGGUCUCACUCUCCAGCGGCAGCUUAGAACAGGACCUUUCCGAGCAGCAGCAGCAGCAGCGCUGGCGGGUCUUUCUCCUCCUACUUGCCUCUCUCUCUCUCCCUCUUCGUCUCGCACUCUGUCUCCUUGCUUCUCACUUUCACUUGUCUUGACGCGCAUGACCCCGCCCAGUCCGGUUCAAUGGAUGGAAGAAUUUCUCGGU